GCAGGGAGAUGGUGGCCGCAGCAAUGCUCGGCAACGGCUUUCUCAUCCCAGCUGCAGAAGACCUGCGGACCUUAAGCCUCGGCCUUCAAGAAACCAAAGAGUGGGAUUUUAGCAUCCCCCAAACAUUCCUUCGCUUUUGGCAGCCGUUGCUGGCGGGUCUCCACUCCAGAGAGUUCACCCAGACCCUACUUGAGAAAAUGUUCAGGGAGCUAAACCGACACGCCCGGGAGUCAGGGCUCCAUACCCGGUACCUCAUCAACUGGAUCACGGAAAUUCUGAAGACCAACAUGCAAGCCAGAAUGCUUGGAAGCUCCUUGUUGGUGAGUCCCCAUCUCCUACAUCUGAUCCUGCAGAGCAUGGAGCCCCCUUUGCCGUUGGACACGCAGAAGAAGCUUCUCUGCCUCACCUCCAUCUACACCCAAGAAGCCGACUCCCUUCCCAACCCAGGCUCGGCUGCAGACCUCUGCAGGCAGCCCAUUUACACCGUGGAGAGCUUGCAGCGGAAAGCCAAACAGAGCGGGGUGACUCUUGGGCUCAGCAAGAGGGCGGGACGGCUGGAGCGGUCUGCCAAAGAGGAGGACCUGGCGGAGGAGGAGGAAGAAGAAGAAGAAGAGAUGGAAACUCAGUCCCUGCCUCUGCUGGAAUCGUUCCAUGCUGAGAACACCAGGGCUUUAGCAGAGAAGAGGGCUGCGCUCCUGGGGUCAGCUUGGCAAGUCAGUUCAGAGGCAACCAAGUGGCAGCAGUUUCCUCUGGGAAAACUGCCUAGUCAGACAGACGAUCCCGACGCCCUAAGGGUGGAAGAGUGCUCCAUGAUGUCGGCUCUGGACCAGCCGGUGAAUGGAGACCACAGAUUCCCAACUGGUGCCACGCCGUGGGGACACACCCCCAUGGCCAUAGCGAUGCCUCCGGGGUCGGAGGCCAGGAGGCCUGUCCCCCGGGCUCUGCAGAGCGCCAGCAGCCGAGAGGAGGUAAGAGGGGACCUACAGCAGUGCGGGGAAAACUCCGGCGUCCACCCAGUGCCGUUCGCUCAGCAGCCGGCGUUUUUCAAAUGA